GUAACAACCAUAACUGCCACAGAAGGCAAAAGCUCCUCAGAUUAUGAGACCACAAUGACAGCACCUGGAACUGACAUCAGUCAUGCCGGUGGUACAGAGGUGAUAGGAACUUGUACCACGGUUCCUUCAGUGCGGAAAAAGGGCCAUGGAAUAACAUCCAACCCAAAGUUUGCCUCAUUCACAGACCCUUUUAAGUGUGUGGCGGUGGCCAUAUACUAAACCGCUGGUGUGCUCAGCCUGUGUUGAACCGGAGGCUACAUGGUGGAGACCUGAUGUUUGCACUAUCAACCUUAACAUCCGGUAAUAACUUUGGAAAGCUUGCUUUAUAGGCAAAGCAUAUGAACUUUAAAAUAAUGUCCAGCACAUCAUUUCACAAAAUACAGCGCACAUACCUGAUUUCUACUGUUGACGAAUAUUGGGAGAAGCAGCAGAGAGAGGUUCUCAGCAGCUUUGAAGGCCACAAGUUGAUUGUAAUGGGAGACGGACGGAAUGAUUCUCCAGGCCAUUCUGCUCAGUAUUGUUCAUACACCAUGAUGGAAUAUGACAGCAAAAAAAUUUUAACCUUAAGAACACUGGACAAAAGAUCAACGGACCGAAAAUCAACAAACAUGGAGAAAGUUGGAUUCGAACAGGCCAUCCAGGAAUUGACUGACAAUAACAUUGCAGUUGAGGAAGUUGUGACAGAUGCCCAUCUAGGAAUCGGCUCAAUUAUGAAAAAAAAGUACCCAGAAAUCAAGCAUUCACAUGAUAUUUGGCAUGCUGCCAAAAACCUUGGUAAACGUCUUGGAAAGAUUGUGAAGAAGAAAGCAAACCAAAUUUUAAUACCAUGGCUGAAGGACAUUGUAAACCACUUCUGGUUUGCCUGCAGCAAGGCUGACUCCUAUGAAGAAUUUCUGGUAUGUAAUAUUUGUAGCAUAUGGCGCGGAGUUUUACAUCACAUCACAAACAAGCACGAAUGGAUCCAGUCUCAAGGAACUGGAAUAAAUGGGUGUCUUCAUGAUCCUUUAGAUAAAAACGAAGUGCGUGAAAAACCCUGGCUUUCAACUUCAGACCAUGCAAGAGUUUUACAAGACCUGAGUGCUGUGAUCCUGGACAAGAGAUUCUUGAGCAAAGUGUCAUAUUACCUGAAUUACAGAACCACUGCUGACAUAGAAGUGUUCCACCAGUUAAUUUUGAUGUACUGUGCAAAGAGGUUUGCAUAUACACCGCCUGUGUACAGAAUCCGCAACCUAUUGGCAGCUAUCGACCACAACUACCACAGCAACAGACCUCUGAAAACCAACAAAGAUUGAGAAAUAAGGUAUCACAGAUGCUGCAACAAAAAAAGCAAGCGCUGGUCAGUCUUUCCAGAGAAAGUAGCCAAGACCUAUGGCUACGUUCCAGAGAUUGCAGAAAUGAUGUACAAAAAACGGAUUAAGGAUAAAGUAGGAAUGGGCAAAAAAAUGGUCUUGGAAGAAGGUGA